AUGAACCUCGUGGGCAGCUACCCUCACCACCACCAUCACCACCCGCACCCCGCGCACCCCAUGCUCCACGAGCCUUUUCUCUUUGGCCCGGCGUCGCGCUGUCAUCAGGAUCGGCCCUAUUUUCAGAGCUGGCUGUUGAGCCCGACAGACGCUGGUCCUGAUUUCUCAGCCGGCGGGCCGUCGCCCAGUGCCGCCGUGGCUGCCGCUGCCUACGGUCCCGAUGCCAGGCCAGGCCAGAGCCCCGGACGACUGGAAGCGAUCGGAGGCCGCCUGGGCCGGCGGAAAGGUUCUGGACCCAAGAAGGAAAGGAGACGCACGGAGAGCAUCAACAGCGCUUUCGCUGAGCUUCGAGAAUGUAUCCCCAAUGUGCCGGCAGACACCAAACUCUCCAAGAUCAAGACUCUGCGCCUAGCUACCAGCUACAUCGCCUACUUGAUGGAUGUGCUAGCCAAGGAUGCCCAGGCUGGAGAUCCUGAAGCUUUCAAGGCUGAGCUCAAAAAGGCGGAUGGUAGCCGGGAGAACAAGAGGAAAAGGGAGAUGCCGCAGCACGAAGGCUUUCCUCCAGCGUUGGGCCCUGGGGAGAAGAGGAUUAAAGGGCGCACCGGCUGGCCGCAGCAAGUCUGGGCGCUGGAGUUAAAUCAGUGA